AUGACACCCGACCAGAAGAAGGCCAAGUUCAACGAAUUCCUCGCUAGUCUAGGAGGAGACUAUAAGGAAAAAUUCGAUUCACUGAUGAACGAUUUGAAGACGAAGCUCGCCUCGAGCAAUAAUGAGAAGGUGAAAACACUUGGGAACAAGCUGAUGAGCCAAUUUGAAGCAGGAGCAUUCUUCGGUGGCAUGGAAAACGCGAGAGCAACGAUUGCCAAGGAGGUCGCCGAUGCCCAGCUUACCGAUGCCGACAGAACCGAAAUGAAAGCGAUAAAAGAGGAGUUUGGUCAGAAGUUCCACCAACUUUUCAAGGGUGUCCUACCCAGCAGAGGUCAUGCAACGCCGCCAACUCCGGUCUAA